GCCAGCGCAAACCCUAGCCGACCCCUUCUCCUCGCGCUGCCGCCGCCACCGCCGCCGCCAUGUCGAAGCGCGGGAGGGGAGGGACGGCGGGGAACAAGUUCCGCAUGUCGCUGGGUCUGCCCGUGGCGGCGACGGUGAACUGCGCCGACAACACGGGCGCCAAGAACCUCUACAUCAUCUCCGUCAAGGGCAUCAAGGGCAGGCUCAACCGCCUGCCGUCCGCCUGCGUCGGCGACAUGGUCAUGGCCACCGUCAAGAAGGGGAAGCCCGACCUCAGGAAGAAGGUGAUGCCCGCCGUCAUCGUCCGCCAGCGCAAGCCGUGGCGCCGCAAGGACGGAGUCUACAUGUACUUCGAAGAUAAUGCUGGGGUUAUUGUGAACCCGAAAGGCGAGAUGAAAGGAUCAGCUAUCACUGGACCCAUUGGCAAGGAGUGUGCUGACCUUUGGCCUAGGAUCGCUAGCGCAGCAAAUGCCAUUGUCUGAUAUCAGGAUUUGGGGAAAUUGAGAGUUUCGUGUGCUCCUUAUUUAGGUUUACCUGAUGCAGUUUUGUACCCGAACAUCUAUGGUAAUGUACUUGCGAGUUAUCUGUUCCUGGAAAUGUUUUAUGAUAAUUGAACUCAAGUGGAAAGCACACAAUCAAGGGAGAAUUGUGAACCUCCUAGUCAUUUUGGCAA